AUGGAUAGCGACGAAGAUACUCGAAUGAUGGAUCUUGAAUUCUCAACUACGCUGUCCAAGGGCAAGGGAAAGGCUUUCGAUCGUGAACUUCCUGCCGAAAAUGACAAUUUGCCAUGGGUUGAAAAGUACAGGCCAGUCGACUUAAACGACGUAGUAUCCCAUAAAGACAUUAUCACCACCAUUGAACGAUUCAUAGAGAAGAACCGUUUACCUCAUUUAUUAUUCUAUGGCCCUCCGGGCACCGGCAAAACGUCUACGAUUCUCGCUGUUGCUCGUAGAAUAUACGGAACGGACUACAGGAAACAAAUACUUGAGCUCAAUGCGUCAGAUGAACGGGGCAUCGAUGUUGUUCGAGAACAAGUCAAACAAUUUGCGGAAACAAGGACAUUGUUUUCCAAAGGCUUCAAGCUCAUUAUCCUGGAUGAAGCAGAUAUGAUGACUCAACAAGCCCAGGCUGCACUACGUCGUGUAAUCGAGCAAUACACCAAAAACGUUCGAUUUUGUAUUAUUUGCAAUUAUGUCAACAAAAUUAUACCCGCCAUUCAAAGUCGAUGCACCCGAUUCCGAUUCUCACCUUUACCAAUAGAGGAAGUCGAAAAGCGCCUCGUUACUGUUGUGGGUGCUGAAAACGUCAACCUGACAGCAGAUGGGAAAAGGGCAUUACUCAAACUUUCCCGAGGUGACAUGCGACGAGCACUUAACGUGUUACAAGCAUGUCAUGCUGCAUAUGAUAACAUUGGCGAAACAGAAAUCUACAACUGCACAGGCAAUCCUGUGCCAGCGGACAUCGAGGCUAUCGUAAACUCUAUGCUUUCUGACGAGUUCACGACGUCAUACCAAAUGAUAUCAAAGCUCAAAACUGAGCGAGGUCUCGCUCUACAAGACCUUCUGACUGGGACGUACGAGUACCUAGAGACGAUAGAGCUAAAGCCACAUGCAAGGGUCUAUCUUCUAGAUCAUAUGGCAACUACAGAAUAUCGAUUAGCAUCUGGUGGUAGCGAGAAGAUGCAACUGACUGCCCUCCUGGGUGCAUUCAAGAAUGCUGUUGAAUUAUCUGCCAAAUAG